CGCCCCUCGCUUCGCUGCCCAGCCGUCUGGCCCCGCGGAGUCGCGACCGGCCGACCCACUCCCGACAAACCUGCCCGGCUCCCGCGUGGAAAAUGUCUGGUUCCUCCAGCGUCACCGCGAUGAAGAAAGUGGUUCAACAGCUUCGGCUGGAGGCCGGGCUCAACCGCGUGAAGGUUUCCCAGGCAGCUGCAGAUUUGAAACAAUUCUGUCUGCAGAAUGCUCAACAUGACCCCCUGCUGACUGGAGUAUCUUCAAGUACCAAUCCCUUCAGACCCCAGAAAGUCUGUUCCUUUUUGUAGUGAAAUGAAUCUUUGAAGGUGUUCUAAACCACUUUUCUUGAACUGGUGAAUAUUCAAAGAGAGCUGAAAUUGAAGCCUGUACAAAAAGCUUACCCUAUAACAUGUGCCACACUAUACAGACUUCUGCUUUUGUCAGUCCUUAACAUCUACCUCUCUGAAUUUUCAUGAAUUUCUAUUUCACAAGGAUGAUUAUUUUAUAUACACUGGCAGCAGCAAAUGAAUAAAAUACUUAGUAUAAAAA